GCCAGUCCCUCAGAGGCCUGUCUGCCUAGUGUUGCACGCUGUCUCUCUUCAUCGUCCUUGCACAGAGAUCUAGGGUGACGGGGGAUGUGACAGCCCGCCUGAUGCGGCAGUGAUAGCUUUCCUUGCCCUUUACAUCUGCUUCCGUCUGUGAUGCGGGGAGCAGCUGUGUGACGCUCCGUGUUUUCAUUUCGCAGAAGAUCCGUGUGGAUUGCCGUGAGCUCCCGAGGCUUUCUGUAACGGUCUGAUUCUUGCCGCUGACUGAAAGCUGCAUUUUUCCACAGCCCACUGUGUAGAAAUCGGGAUUUGGGUGCUUUUAUCAUGCUGAACAGCCAGGACCAGAGAUCCCUUCCCUUGGGUUUGUGUUUGUGGUUAUGUGGAGUCUUGGCUUUCUUUGAAGGUUGCACAGGCUGCGCGUCCGAAGAGCAGCUGUUCCGCGCGCUGUUUGCGCGCUACAACCGCUUCAUCCGGCCGGUGGAAAACGUUUCCGAUCCUGUCACCGUGUACUUUGAAUUGGCAAUCACCCAGCUGGCCAAUGUGGAUGAAGUCAAUCAGAUCAUGGAGACCAACCUGUGGCUGCGUCACAUCUGGAAGGAUUACAAAUUACGUUGGGAUCCAACAGAGUAUGAUGGCAUUGAAACACUUCGUGUUCCAGCAGACAAGAUCUGGAAGCCUGACAUUGUUCUCUAUAACAAUGCCGUUGGUGACUUCCAGGUUGAAGGCAAGACCAAAGCUCUUGUUAAGUAUGAUGGCAUGAUCACCUGGACCCCGCCAGCCAUCUUUAAGAGUUCUUGUCCCAUGGACAUCACCUUCUUCCCUUUUGAUCAUCAAAACUGUUCCCUGAAAUUUGGUUCCUGGACUUAUGACAAGGCUGAAAUUGAUCUUCUGAUCAUUGGCUCUAAAGUGGACAUGAACGAUUUUUGGGAAAACAGUGAAUGGGAAAUUGUUGAUGCCUCUGGCUACAAGCAUGACAUCAAGUACAACUGUUGCGAAGAGAUUUACACAGAUAUAACCUACUCUUUCUAUAUCAGGAGGCUGCCCAUGUUUUACACCAUUAACCUCAUCAUCCCCUGUCUCUUCAUUUCCUUUCUCACUGUGUUGGUCUUUUACCUUCCUUCGGACUGUGGUGAGAAGGUAACUCUUUGCAUCUCAGUCCUGCUUUCUCUGACUGUCUUUUUGCUGGUGAUUACAGAGACCAUCCCAUCCACAUCUCUUGUGAUCCCACUGGUGGGUGAGUACCUCCUCUUCACCAUGAUCUUUGUCACGCUGUCCAUUGUGGUGACUGUGUUUGUAUUGAACAUACACUACCGUACCCCAGCAACACAUACCAUGCCCAAGUGGGUGAAGACCAUUUUCCUUCAGGUCUUCCCCUCAAUUCUGAUGAUGAGGAGGCCUCUGGACAAGACAAAGGAGGUAGGUGGUGUUAAGGACCCCAAAAGCCUUCCCAAGAGGCCUGCCAAGGUCAAGUUUGCUCAUCGAAGAGAGCCCAAACUUCUGAAGGAAUGCCGCCAUCGUCAAAAAUCAAGUGAGAUGGCCCCUGGCAAGAGAAGAUUGAGUGAGCAGCCUGCACAGUGGGUGACAGAGAAUUCAGAACACUCACCAGAGGUGGAAGAUGUGAUCGAUAGCAUUCAAUUCAUAGCAGAAAACAUGAAGAGUCACAAUGAAACAAAGGAGGUGGAAGAUGAUUGGAAAUACAUGGCCAUGGUGGUGGACAGAGUCUUUCUUUGGGUAUUUAUAAUCGUCUGUGUGUUUGGAACUGUGGGGCUAUUUCUACAGCCACUGCUUGGGAACACAGGAAAGUCUUAAUUAGUAUUUUCCCUUUGCCUUCUGAAUAUUCUAGAUGUUAUGGUGUUUGUUUGUUUUUGUUUCAUUUUUGUUGUUGUUGUUUGAACUACUUACCACAAGAAAAGGCCAACUACCCAGUUCCCUAAACCGAGGCAAGAAGGGCAGGGGUGGGGACAGUACUGCAACUUUAGGAGCCUGAAUGCACGUCUUCAUUGCCCUGGGUAUUUUACCACCUCGGAGCCCAGAACUGGCAGUGCUCCUAGGCUAGGAGUGCUGACUCGGCUUCUCUGUGCUUUGCAUGCUUUGUUCCCAGGAACAUGAAUGACGCCUCACAGAGUUAGGCCUCAUACUAAGCAUCAGUCUACACUGAAAAGAGAUUCUCUUGUAUCUGAAGCUCCUGCUGGUUACUGCAGUGAUGUGAGUGGCUAGAGAGAAGCUCUGAAACACUGCUCACACUUGCAACACCUGUCUACCCCUAUGUCAUACUCUCUUGUGUGUGGCUCUGUGAUGUGGUCCACACUAUCAUCUGAUGCAUGCAAUGGUUAAAGGAGAAACCAGAUAGCAUCGCUCUUAGAAGACUAUUGAAUUUUUGGGACUAGUGGCUUUCUGUCAGGGUGGGAAAAAAAAUCACAUGAGAUAAUCAACAUAAAUGGAUGAAGUUUAUAUGAGCUUAUAGUUUCGGGGGAUUUACUCCAUGGUCACUAAGCCUUAUCACACUGAGACCUUUGGUGAGGCAAACCAUCAUGGCAGGAGAGCCUAGCAGAGGACCACUACAAAGAAAGAAAGAAAAAAAGAGGAAAGGUCUGGGGUGCCAAUAUUCCUUUCAAAGGCACACCCCAAUGAAUGACUUAAGCUCUUCCUACAGGGCUCCACAUCCUAGAAGCUCCACUAGCAUGGAGAAAUAAGUCUUUAACACAUGUACUUUGUGGUGAUCCACUGUUCUGGCAGGACAUUUGGCUGGUGCCCAGGACAAUGCCAGGUGCUACAAGGGUGACAUAAAUAGAUUCUUCUCCUUGUAAAGUUACAGCCUGUUAGAAAAGUCAUAUAUGAAAAGAUCUAUAGGACCUGAUAGUGGAGAAUAUAGCUAGAGCAAUACAAAUGGGAGAAUAUAGAGCAUAAUAUACCUAGAGCAAUGCAAAGAGGAAAAAUCGAAAAGCAUUCUUGUGGUUCAAAUAGGUAUCUGUCCAGUCUUUUCCCGUGAACCCUUCACAUGCUCACUGCAUAGAGACAAAAUAAAAUCUGUAAGGAAUUUUAAUCAUGUACCAUUUGGAGCGAUUUCUUUUCUGAGUGGGAGAACAUGGGAAUUGUGUCGUGUUCCACACUGAUUACUCCUUUGUGUGACUGUGGUAACCUACAGAGGUAUCUUAGACAGCAGCUCACGUAGUCCAGCAAAGAAGCUGGCCUCAGUUCCAUUUGUUCUCUCCUAGAAAGUUGCUGUCCAUGCCCAUAGGUAAUUUCAUGGUUCAAUUUUACCUUUUGAUCCUGUUGUCUUAAUACAAUAUCAGCAACAUUUGGCAGGGCUUAGAUGAUGGACUAUAGAGGAAUUUCAAUUCAGAACUUGGCUGUUCUGGCGAGAGAUUACAUGCAAAGACCUUCUAGGUCUGUGUGACCCAGCUGGAAUCCAAACACACCUUUAAUCCAGGAGACGAAGGUAAGCAGAGCUGAGUUCAAGGCCAGCAUGGUAUAAAGCAAGUUUCAGGUAAAGAAAAGCUUAGGUCCAGGUAUGGUGGUAGAGGCCUCUAAUCCCAAACAAUGAAGGUAAAGUUAGUUUGUAGAAGGAAGCAGCCAUGUUUGAAAGUAAUAUUUAAUUAAGUGGCAGAAAAAGUGAUGAAUAAGAGAAGGACUUGACAGUAGGACUUGUCCAACUCUCAUGAGAACAGAGAGGAAAGGGAAGAUACUCAAAGGAGCAACACAGAAUGAGAAGAGGAGGCAUCUUUACCAAGACAGUUUUACAGAGAGAGGUUGAAUGAGAGAAGAAGCCAGACACAGGUGAAAAUAGAAGGAGCCAGCGAUGAGGAGACAGAGUAUCAGCACAUAUUUCUGGAGUUAGUAUGAGGCCAAGCUGAGUGAUUCAGGGGCUGAGAGAGAAGCCAGAUUGAAUACGUCAGCUGGGAAAGGAGUUUGAGCCAGAAGAGCUGAACUGAACGAGCCAGCCCAGAGCUCAGUCAAAACAAGAAAGGCUGAGCUUCUUAAGCAGUAAAUCUCAGAGGCUGAAAACAUUCUAGGCCUAAGUUAGAUUGCACGGAGGCUGGAAGCUUCCAGGGCGAGGCCCAGGUUGGCAGACAGAAGCAGUAAUCCUCUGAGACAACAGCUGAGACAGGUGAAUAAAGGUUGCUUUUAUAAUGGACUGUUGUCUUUGAGAAGUAAACACCUGGUCCCCUUUCAGGACAAGGCUGCAGGGGCAGCGAUGACGGAUGGCUUGAUGUGCUCUGGCUCACACUGGACAAUAUAAAAAGGAUCUCUGAGAUCCCCAGGGAUACUGAGUCUGCAGCCCUUCCCAAAAGUCCUCCGCAGGUUGGGGACUACCUUGGCCUGAGCUAUAAUAGUGGUCUAGCUACACCAGGUAGAGAUAACUAUGGUGGAGCCUCCAUCUUCCUGCAGAUCUAGGUGGCCAACCAUGUGGGCUCAUGGGGUUGCUUCUUGUUGUUGUUUUUUAAUUAUAACAUUGUUUUGUUGUGCUAUAGAAGUUUUGUUGUGAUGUGUGCACAAAUUCUCCACCUAGUAUGAGCAUACACAUUUUGUGAAUUGCAUUGAAAGAAAGAAGGGUAAAACUGAUCUCGGCAGGGACCAGAGGAAACCCACCUGAAUGUCUUCACGAUUGAGUGUUCUUUAAUACUUGAUGGCUGAGAUCCUUGAAAUUAGCAAAAGAUUCUCUAUUAAACAAUCUAUCAAUACACCUUUAAAAGGAAGUAUACCACAUUUGCGGUGAAAGGGAAGCCACAUUUAUUCAGAAUAACAGAAGAAAGCAUGGACUAAAAAAAAAAAAAAAUCUGUAAAGGAGCAUUAAACAAAUUCCUAAAUACAUAUUUAAGGCUUUUAAUUUUUAGAAUAUUCCCUGGUCACUACCACCUUAUUCAA